AUGAACUUCUUAUGGCAGGUGCUGGCCCUGGCUUUUCUUCUGGCUUGGGCCGUGGUUAGAAAGUACCGGACUCGUGUCCGCUACCCAUCUACAAUUCCUGUCGUGAAAACACCAAAGGAUCUCAACUAUAAGGCAGUUGUUGACGCCCAAUACACAGAGGGGAGGACGCAUACUACGGUUACCUAUGCCAAAGGGUUCCUGACAAAGAAUAUCAAUCGCACGAUCGACAGCGUCUAUCAGGAAAUUGAUUUGGCUCUUGAUCGAGCAGUGGGGCAGGGACCAGAGCCCCGUUCAAUCAAUGUGAACGACCUCGUUCUCGGCGUGUUUUUACGUGUCUACCACAGGAUCUAUCUUGGGGUUGACGCGGCUCGUAACGAGGAAUGGCUGGGUCUCUGUGUCGAGUUCCCGAAAGUGGCCGUCUUCGCGGCCCUCGCUAUUGCCAAAUGGCCGGGGCCUUUGCAGCCGCUUGCGAAUCUUAUCCUCCCGGAGACGCGCCGUUUCCGCCAAUUCUGCAAUCGAGUCUACGCUUUUCUGCGUUCAAUGCAUCAGGAUCGUCUCAGAGCCGUGAAGAACCCGGAUUUUAAGCCUCCUGCCGACUAUAUCCAAUCGUUUAUUGAGAAUGCAGCUGGUGAGCGUGCCAACACAGACCUCCUUGUAGAGGGGAUGGGCAUGGCCAACUUGGCGGGAGUCCAGAGCACAGGGCGAGUUCUACUCCAGGCCCUUCUGGACAUUGCCGCCCACCCACAAUACGUUGAACCCCUGAGACAAGAAGUUGCUGGCUUAAUGCAGGAGAGCAAUGGAGAUGCCAACCUGACCCCCCUCCAGCUUUCUCGCCUGGACUUGAUGGAUUCCUUCUUCAAGGAAUCGCAGAAAUUCCAUCAUGCCAAUUGCUUAUCCGUCUACCGCAAGAUCGUCCAACCGAUGACCCUUUCCAACGGGGUCUUCCUCCCGGCCAACUCAUACGUUGCCCUUCCCGGAACUGCAUACUCCGUGAUCGAAGAGGGGGGAAAGAAGCGGGCGUUUGAUCCCUUCCAGUGGGCAGAAAAGAAGAGAGCGUCGGAUGGUUCCAAUCGCUUUACCUAUGUCUUUUCAGGGCCUGAUUCCCUCGAAUUCGGCGCCGGUACACACGCCUGUCCAGGCCGCUUUCUUGCCGUGAACGUGCUGAAGGCAACGCUCAGCAGGAUUCUGAUGCGGUAUGACUUCCAGCUGCCCGAUGGGACGUCAAGGCCUGACGAUCAAUACAAUCACCUAUUGGACGUGAGGCAAAAUACCAAAUCGGUCCUGGAGUUCCGUCCCCGUCGCCCUGCUGCGACUGCCACUGCGCUUCGAUAA